AUGGAAGCGUUUGAAGAGGCGAUAGCGGCAUCAAAGGAGCAGUCUAUGAUCCUUAAAGGGAAGAGGACGAAGAGACAACGUCCGCAAUCUCCUAUUCCUUUCUCUAUCUCCCCUCCUAUAGUUUCUUCCCCGGCAAGAGACAUUGAAGAAGAAUCCACUGAUCUUGAUUCCAAGGACAAUGCCCUAGGCAAUAAUGUUGAACCUCGAAAAAAGGAUGGUGUGAUCACGUCUUCAUCUUCAUCAGCCUCUUGGUCCUCCAACAACAACCCAGCAUUGAAAGCCGAAGUAGACGAGGAAGAUCAAGACAUAGCCAAUUGUCUGAUCCUCCUUUCCCAAGGGCACUCUCUUCCCCACCACAACCAACAGCUCAAGAUACCUUACCACGAAACAAACAACAACAGCAACAAUAACGCGUAUAGAUUUAGCAGCAGGAGGUUUCUAGAGACUUCUUCUUCUAACGGUGGUGGUAAAGCGGGUUACUACGUUUAUCAGUGCAAAACAUGUGACCGGACGUUCCCUUCUUUUCAGGCUUUAGGUGGCCAUAGAGCUAGCCACAAGAAACCUAAAAACACUUCUUUCUACUCCAGCCUUGACCCCAAGAAGAGCAUCUAUGAAAACGACGCCGUUUCACUCGUCACAAACACAACCCUUUACAAGAACAAUAACAAUAGAUCGCUUGUCGCGUACGGUAAGGCAAGUAACAAUAAGGUUCAUGAAUGUGGAAUCUGUGGAGCCGAGUUUACGUCGGGACAAGCCCUAGGUGGCCACAUGAGACGGCAUAGAGGGGCGGUGGUUGUCCCGGCGGCGCCUCUCACAGUUACGGUGGCUACGGCUGCGGCCAACACGGAGCUAUCACUGUCUUCGAUGUCGUUCGAUCAAUUAUCGGACGGUCAAGAUCAUCUGGUGAUGCCAGCGGCAAAGAUAGCUAAGAAGACGGUCGUGUCGUUGGAUUUGGAUCUGAACCUACCUGCACCGGAAGAUGAGAAUCGGGUCAACGGAUUCAGCUUUGCUUCAAAGCAAAAGCACGAACAAGAACAUCAACAGACGAAGCAAAGAGAAGAACCAAAGUCUCUUGUCUUGUCUGCUCCUUCUUUGGUGGAUUGCCAUUACUGA